AUGUCUGUCUGCUGUUUCCACAGUUCCUUCUUGGUGACGUUUUCUGCAGUGAUCGAGUCUGGCUCUAAUGCCAAAUUGUGUGCAAGUCUUUUAAAACCCAAUGAGAGUCUUGCGUUGACCAUCUAUCUGGUUGAUGACAAAAACCGGACGACACAGCUCGUGCAGCAGAGAUCUUCAACGGAGUUUCACCGCUGUUUUAGUUUCCAGGCUCCUCAAGUCAAUGGAGAAUUAGUGCAGAAACUGAGGGUGGUACUUGAAGGGAGGUUCUUCAAAAUGACUGAAGAGCGGAAAGUCAUGUUCAGGCGUUAUCUGCCUUUGACCUUCAUCCAAACUGACAAACCCAUCUACAAUCCAGGACAAAUGGUGAACUUCAGGGCUGUGACCAUGGAUGCUAAAUUUGUGCCUCUUGAUCAAAUGUACAGCCUAGUGGUGGUGGAGGACAAUCAUAAUAACCGGAUUGGUCAGUGGACAAACAUUUCUUCAACGGGGUGGAUAUUGCAGCUUUCUCACCAGUUAAACCCUGAGGCUCAGGUCGGGAUGUACACACUGAGGGCUUUUAUUGGUGACCGAAUGACCUCACAGGUUUUUGAGGUGCAAAAGUAUGUUCUGGUUUAGUUUGACGUCACCUUGACUGCACCACAGAUGUAUAGUGUGGGAGAUGUGGGACUGAAAGUUGAGGCUUGUGCCAAUUACACAUAUGGGCAACCUGUACCUGGUCAAGCGUUGGUGGAAGUGUGUCGUGAGCCGUUCCCGUACGCUGUGGUACCUGGCCUGUCUCGUGUGUGUCUUAUCAAAACUGCUAUGAUGAACAACACUGGCUGUGUUUCCCUUACCAUCAGUAUGUCAGAGUUUUUCAACACCAAAUUUGAAAAUUACCUGCAAGAUUUAUUUCUAGUUAAUGUGAAUGUCACUGAGGAGGGAACGGGGGAGUUGCUGGCUGAUUUGAACCAGUGA